GGGCUGAAGCUGCCCAUGGAGCCGCUUCCCCAUGCCCCCCUGGAGGGGCCACACUGCCCCAUGAGCCCCCUCGAGCUCUCAUCUUCAGGCUCCCAGUUCACCAAGUAUGGCUGCCGCCGGAGGCUGGACCACAAGAUGGUGCACCGAGACUUCUGUGACGCCCUCACGAAGCCCAAAGCCAUCCGUCGGGCUUGCAACCCACAGGAGUGCUCCCAGCCAGUGUGGGUCACAGGUGAAUGGGAGCCUUGCAGCCAGAGCUGCGGGCGGACGGGCACGCAGGCUCGCUCCGUGCGCUGCGUACAGUCCCUGCACAACAACACCACCCGCUCCGUGCACACCAAGCAUUGCAACGACGCCCGGCCCGAGGGCCGCCGGGCCUGCAACCGUGAGCUCUGCCCCGGGCGGUGGCGGGCUGGGCCCUGGUCCCAGUGCUCGGUGACCUGUGGAAACGGCACCCAGGAGCGGCCCGUGCUCUGCCGAACCGCGGAUGACAGCUUCGGGAUCUGCCGGGAGGAGAGGCCCGAGACGGCCAGGAUCUGCAGGCUGGGCUCCUGUCCCCGAAACAUCUCCGAUCCUUCCAAGAAGAGCUACGUGGUUCAGUGGCUGUCCCGACCGGACCCCGACUCACCAGUCCAGAAGACCUCGUCAAAGGGCCGCUGCCAGGGUGACAAGUCAAUGUUCUGUAGGAUGGAAGUCUUGUCUCGCUAUUGCUCCAUCCCAGGCUACCAGAAGCUGUGCUGCAAGUCUUGUAACCUGCACGACAACCUCACUGAGGUGGACGACGGGGCCGAGCCGCCACCCGGGAAGCUCAACGACAUUGAAGAGCUCAUGCCCACCCUCCUGGUGCCCACCCUCGUCAUGGAGGUGCAGCCUGCGCCAGGCACGCCCCCGCGGGCGCCCCUCAAUGUCUCCAGCACCAACAGCACCGAGGACCACCCAGACACCAACGCUGUCGACGUGCCCUACAAAAUCAGCAGCCUGGACGAGGAGGUCCAGCCGCCCAACCUGAUCCCGCGACGACCGAGCCUGUACGAAAAGACCAGAAACCAGAGAAUCCAAGAGCUCAUUGAUGAGAUGAGGAAGAAAGAGAUGCUCGGGAAGUUCUAAUAAAAUGGAAAGAUAGCAUCCAUAGCAUUUUUUUUCCCCUUGCUUAUAGAUAUAUUCCAUGGGAUGGCAAAUCGUGGAGAUGAAGGAAAAAAUUCUGAUUCCAAAAGGGUUUUGAGAAAACAGAGAGGGAGAGUGACAUAAACAUCUAUGCAUAUGGUUGUGAGCAUGUGGCAGCCAGCUUCACACAUGUGUUUGUGCCCCAGCUCUGGAAUGUUCUAAGUCUCAUGCUGGGGCCGGGUGGAGGGUGGAGAGGAAUAUAGAGGUUCUGCGAGUGCCAUCAGUGGGCGGGGGGGGCAGGAGGCUAACUCAGAGAGAGGAGACACGUGUCCCCGAGUUCCUGAGCAGUGAUUGGCCAUCUUCCUUUCCUUGGCCGUGACCACCCUUCUGGAGCCGCGGGACGUUUCCUACCUGUCUCCAGACUGAGGCUCGAGCCCCAUGGGCACUCCUAGGAGAAACAGUGAUUUAUUUGCUAAUCGACCCAUCACUAAGAUGCGCACGAUGGAGGCCGUGAACUUGAAUGCCAAUGACUCCAAGGGCCAGGCAGGUGGUGAGGAUGAGCGUGGCCGCCCGCUGGGGACCGCGACCGACCUGAGAGGCACACCGUGCUAGAGCUGCUUGCGGGCUCUGGCCGUUGCUGCCUCUGGGGGGGCCGGCCCCUGCUGCCAGAUAAUGUGCUUUCAGUAGCAGUCUAGCUUUGCCUGCGACAAUCCUCAAUCCUUAAACUUCAACUCAGAAUGUCGGGGGGUCUGGAAGGUCUGUUAGGGUCUAGAACCCCCAGGCUGCAGCCUCUGGUCUCCAGGCCUGGCCGGAUGCAGCCUCUCGGAGGAAGGACUUCAGAAAAGCCACCUGGCCCAUUGGGUGCUCAUGCCUGGUGUUCGACUCAGCCCAGACUGAGCUGUGAAGCUGUCGCUCCUUCCCGGGAAGGUGCUGGGACUUGAUAGAUCUAGACAGUGGGCCACGUUUCCUCCAGGAGGAGACAGAGGGGUGCACUCCAGGCUCUCCCAGGCCUCUCUUGUCUCCGUGAGCCUUGGCCCGUGUGCAAGGCCCGUGACUCUCCCCGUGGGGUGGGAGGGGGUGCCGUCACCAUGGUGGCCGUGCUUGGGGUUCUGAGAUGGGGCUCUGCAAGCUCGGGCUGCCUCCUGGAGACCAGCUUUGCUUGUGGGGGUGCCCUUGCCCUGUCUAGCCCUGGGGAGCCCCCUUCCGUGCCUUGGAAGUCCCAGCAGGGAGCUGUGAGAUCUGGCCUCCAGUGGGAAGCACAAGGUGGGAGGUGGGGAGAACCUGCUUUAUCUUUGGCCGUUCCCAAACUUCUACAACUUCUGUUUUCGGCAGAAUGGUGCUUUAUGAGCAAGAUGUGAAUGAGAGAGAAACAGGAAGGGAGUGGGCAUGGACGGGAGGACGGCGGCUAAUUUUUACCCCUCCCUGCAUGGAUAUUUUGUGAACACGUAGCCUCAACUUCCCCAAGUUACAAGACCCAGGGGCACUUUAGCUGCUUAGCUGGGCCUGGCCUCACACAUAAUUCUUAAGCUUUCUGUGUCUAGGAAAGUUCUAGAGCCUUUGUAUUCUCACCAGUCAUAGAUUUUAGAGAGCUCUUUCCGGUUUAACUCCCCAUUCUGUGGAUGGGAACACUGAGGUUCAGGAUAAUACCAUGAUGGCUACUUUAUACUGAGUUGGAGGUGCUAAGCAGGUUUGUCUGAUCCGUGCAUGAGUGUGGGUGUGUGUCUGUGUGUGAUCUAAGGGACAAAGUGAGGGUGUAGGAACCAGAGAAAACGCUAUCUGGGAUAGCGUUCCCACUGGGUGAUAACUAGCUUCCUGUCACCCCCGCCUGGCCUGGCGGCCUCCCUCCCCUCUGCCAUCACAUCCCCCACAUACUCAUGCAUGUCCUGGUGUCUCAACGGAGCUUGCUUGCUCUUAAGAAGCAAACUGGAGGAUACUAUCUCUCAUAGUAUCACUUCUUUUAACAGAUGUGGUCUACAGCACUUUUGCAAUUCUGUCUCUCUCUGAUCAGGAAAUGGAUGCCUCGCCUUUCCCUACUGGUUGAACCCAUGGUGCUAUUCACGGGCUGAAGGACUGGGCAGUUCUUGCUUGGGUCUACCCUGGAAUAAAAGGGCGCUCAGGGUGACUGACCCUACCCAGAGAGUAUUACUCAGUUUACCCAGCCUGGGGGGCCUCAGGAUGGAAACACUCCAUCCCCAGAUCCCAGCGAAGCAGGGCUGCUUGUCUUGGGGGCUGGAAGGCUUCAGGGAGAAGCCCCAGGUGGGACAUACCCAGGGUUACCUGUCUUCUUCUGGAAGGAGAGAGAUGCCGUCUGGGAACUGUAGGCCAGCAUGGCCACCGUCCCAUAGAUCAUACUCAGUGCCUGGGGCCAUAUAGCCACAGAGCUCUCUAGAACCCGAUGGUCCUCGGAGGUCUCUCUGUCUAAGGAACACAGGGUUUACCAGACUCUGAGGGACUGCUAAUCCCCACUGAGCUCGGGACCGGUGGGAGAGCCAACUUAGCAACAGUCCUGGGCUUCCAGAGCUUCCGUGUCUGGAGGCCCCUGCAGCUGGAGGCCAAGGAGGUUUUCUAGCUGAGGUUCUGGAGCACCAUUGUCGAGACUCAGAGCUCUCUGUUUGCGGCUUCAGAAAAUUGUGUUUGUGGGGACACUCCUGCUGGGGUUGGGGACCCGGCUCUCUGAUCUCCUUUUGGAAAACCCAUGGAAUUUCCCGUAUAACCCUUCUGUUUGUAUUUUAAGGUUGUUUGUUUGUUUGGCGUCUAUAAAUGGUGCUCAGCAGCAUUCCUUCGAGAUGAAGCCUGAGGACUCUGUACCCCCAAAUGCCAGGCAGCCGCCACAGGAAUCAUCAUGGUGCUGAACUCAAAUCACAUCAUUUUAUCUCACUGAUCACAGCCAUCGACACAUUUGUUUUCUGUAUAGAAAAUUUGGCUUCCUGAUUUUAUAACUUAUUAAAGUCAAAAUGUCUGUGUUUUUGCACAUCA